GUCCUUACCCGGCCUGCCCCGCGCGGCUCCUCCGGAAGCGGACCCGGUCUCCUCGGAAGCGGCGCCGCGGUGCCCCUGCCGCGCGGGCUGGCGGCGUCCCAGCCCCGAGGGCAGGUGCGGGCCGGCUGCAGCCAUGGCCGGCGGGCAGGACAUGUUCGACGCCAUCCUGAUGGCGGAUGAGAGGUUUCACGGGGAAGGCUAUCAGGAAGGCUAUGAAGAAGGCAGCAGUUUGGGGAUCAUUGAAGGAAGACAGUACGGCACCCUCCAUGGAGCUAAAAUUGGAUCCGAGAUCGGGUGCUACCGAGGCUUUGCUUUUGCGUGGCGAUGUCUCCUGCACAGCUGUGCCACGGAGAAAGACAGCAAAAAGAUGAAGGUCUUAGAAUCGUUGAUUGGGAUGAUUCAGAAAUUCCCUUAUGAUGACCCUACUUAUGAUAAACUUCAUGAAGACUUAGACAAGAUCAGAGGAAAAUUCAAACAGCUUUGUUCAUUACUAAAUGUUCAGCCGGACUUUAGAAUUAGUGCGGAAGGUUCUGGACUUUCAUUUUGAGGAUGACAGAUGAACAAAGACGAGACAUCAAGGAACAGAUGUCCAUAUGUUAAGUGUUUAAAAGCGUGAUUAAAGGCAAAACAGUGAUGGGGUAUUCAUUGUUGUGUGGGGACGGCUCCUGUGCGGCUGGUGAAAGGGCUUCCUUCCCCUGGGGUCUGCCCUCGUCGCCCGAGUGCUCCCACGGGGCCCCCACAGGCCUGUCCUUUGUCGGCCUGUCUGCUCUGCAGCCUGGGGCCCUGGCAGAGCCCGCGCAAGGCCACUUGCUCUGGUCCCCUCCAGCUGGGCAGGCCUGGCCGGUUCCAGACCGGGGUUGGCUUUGGACAGGUUACCCUGAGCCUGGACACAGCCCGCAGAGGCACAGCAUUUUGAAAAAUGAAGCAACCGGAUUAAUGAGCUCAUUUACCAGGCGGAGUGCAGGUACCGUAGCAUUUAUCGGCCCUUCAGAUAUGCCGGGGUGUGUGGCAUGCUUCCUGUGUCUUAUAUCAGCCUGUAAGGUCUCACUGUACCGAUGAGGCACCUUGGGGGCUGCCCAGGUCAGGGCACCCGGCCACACACAGGACUCUGGCCCCCGUGCGUCUUGUCACUGUCAGGUGCUGCCUGCUCUGGGACAUGUGCUCACACCGCAGACCUGGGGUUCCUGCCUUCCGGUGCAGAGGGCCCAGCCCCACCUGUGGGGCCCGGGACAGUGUGCUGUGGCCAGUGAUGCAGGCAUCUGGCUGAGAGUGAGAGGCUGCCGUGCGCUGAGAGAGCCUGGACGUGCGCUUGGCACUAACUCCAUCUGGGGGUGGGGCAUCGCAGCAUCUGCGGGGAGCAGUGGCCCAGGGGAAACACUUUUAGCUAAAGACAGAAUGAUAGGCUACAUUGUAUAUGUGGAACCUUUUGGAGCUUGACCGUGAGGAACCUGCUUUCUCCCCUCUCACGUGAUUUGUCUCCCGCUGCAUUUUGGAGGCACCACAUCUCCCCGGCGAGGCACAGCUCAGAGGGGCAAUUGUUCCGUCCGUGGCUGUUGGCGCUUCUCUGCCAUGUAUACGUGACUGCAUGUGUCUACACCCUCAGGAACGCGUCCUCGGGGUGCUCAUGUCCCCCUUGGCACACUGACUGUCCCCAGCUGCGCCUGGCGGAGGGAACAGCCCACAGUGAGAGCAGCAAAGGGGUGGCCAGGAAUCCGCUCCAUGAGUGCAUUUUUAAAAUCAUUCCAAGUAGUGCUGCAGUGCCCGGGCUGGCGGUUUGCAAGCCUUCGGGCGGUUGGCCGGGGAAGGGGUGGGCGCGUGUCCCCCUCAUUUGGUGCCUUUCAGAAAUGCCGAGGGAGGGAGGAAUGGUUUUUGUUUGUUGGAGGACAGGACUCUGGCUGGGGCCUGGGCACUGCUCACAGGGUUGCUGUGUGUGUUCUGCACCUGCCGCCCCACCUGAGUUCUGGGUGCGCCGCCUCUCACAGUGCCCUUGUUCCAGCUGCUCCCUAGAGCCACAGAGGCCAGUAGCAUUAUCCUGGGUGGCGGGCAGGGACUUCUGUUGUUUUUCUUGGGGGAUUUUGUGUUUUCUAAGUUACCUGUUUUGAUAAUGUAUUAUCUUAACAACUGGACAAAAAAAUAAACAGCAUGUUUUAAAGCAGG